AUGGAUAUACUCACUCUAACAGUGCCUCUAACGUGCAUCUCAAUUGGGCUUACCGUUACUUCCCUUGUUUUACCGAAUUGGAACUGUGGCGGUUUCUUUACUACCUGUGUAUUUACUCUCGUUCAUCUCAUAGUUAUGGUCCUGAUUCUAAGCGGAUUAUUUUUGAUAUCAAUAAUUUUUAUUACUGAAAUGUUUGGAGCCUGUAGACCCUCUUGGAUGCCUGGACCAUUCUGUGGAACUAUCAAAAUACUCGUCUCGACAAUUGGAGCCGGGAGUCUUAUGGCUGGUAAUGUUUUCUAUGCCUUCAUGUUUGUUCAAUCUUGGUCCUUCCUGCUCUCCUUUUCUGGCGCUAUUGUCGCCGUUCAUGUUGUCCUCUUCUCUAUGUUUGGUUCAAAAUGCUUCAAAAACAACUGA